AUGGUUGCUGAGAGCAAGCUUUACGACGCUUUGAGCGUCAAACCUGAUGCCACACAAGAUGAAAUCAAAAAAGCCUACCGCAAGGCGGCAUUGAAGCAUCAUCCCGACAAGAACAAGGAUAACCCUCAGGCUGCCGAGAAAUUCAAAGAGGUAUCACAAGCCUACGAAGUUCUAUCUGAUCCCGAAAAACGCAAAGUCUAUGAUCAAUAUGGUCUUGAAUAUUUGUUGCGUGGCGGUCCUGCACCACCCCCACCAGGGUCGGGCGGAGGCGGCGCAGGAGGAUUUGAGGGCGGCAUGCCCGGAGGUUUCAACUUCGGCGGCAUGCCCGGUGGCAUGCCUAGCGGCGGCACUCGGACGUUCCACUUCCAGACUGGUGGCGGCGGUCCCGGUGGGUUCAGAUUCAGCAGUGCGGACGACAUUUUCCGUAAUUUUGCCAAAGGCGGCGGCGGUAUGGGCGGCAUGGGCGUGGACGAAGAUAUUUUCUCUUCGAUAUUCAACAGCGAGGGCGGUGGCCCCCGCGGCAGUCGUCCAACAUACGCGAAGCCCAAGCGCACGCCCACUCCCGAGCCUACUAUCGUCGAAAAAGACCUACCGCUGACCUUGGAGGAAAUCUUCACCGGUACCUCUAAGAAGGUCAAGACGAAGAGCAAGGCCUUUGAUAGCAAGGGCAAACGCACCACUAAUGAGGUGACUCUAGAAGCCAAUAUCAAGCCAGGGCUGCGUGCUGGCUCUAAGAUCAAGUAUAGGAAUAUUGGAGACCAAGAAGAAGGCGGGCGGCAGGAUGUUCACUUGAUCGUUAAAGAGAUCGAUCAUCCUACCUUCAAGCGUGUUGGGGAUAAUCUCGUCACGACCGUUGAUCUUACCUUGAAGGAAGCGCUCACUGGUUGGGAGCGUAUUGUCCGCACCAUAGAUGGAAAGUCUAUUCGCGUGUCUAAGCCCGGCCCGACUCAGCCUGGCCACGAAGAGCGCUAUCCUGGUCUAGGAAUGGUUAUCUCCAAGAACCCCAGUGAACGCGGCGACCUAGUCAUUCGGGUCAACGUCAAGUUCCCUUCCAGUCUGACCUCAUCUCAAAAAGACAUUCUUCGAGAUGUGCUGCCUUGA